CGUAUGGCAGUUAAUUGUUCAGUUGAUUUUGAAGAAUUUUGUAGACUUGGAAUUUGUUCAGUAGAUUUUGAAGAAUGGCCAUGUCAAGCAAGAAUUUAUUUACUUCAAAUACAGCCAUUUGUAAAUUUAGUAAGAUUUCUCUUGUUAAAUGUAACACCAUUUAUUAUAAUUUUUGGUGUAAUAUUAAACGUCGUAUCAUUUAGCAUGUUGAGUACAGUUAUACUUUGUGAUUCUGGAUUAUCAUUGUACCUUCGUGCACUAGCUAUUUCUGACAAUGGAGCAUUAUUUAAUUAUGCAGUUGGUAUAGCAAGACAUUACUCAACUAGUAUCAAUACUCUCUACAUGAAUAGUCGUUUUUUAUGUGGUUUAAAUUCAAUUUUCAUGGAAUUUUUUCAAAUAACAUCAACAAAUCUUGUUGUAUCAUUGACAUGGACUAGAGUUGGUGCAAUUAUAUUUCCAUUAAAAUCAAUUAGUAAAAAUCAUAAUCGUAAUGCAACUGUUACUAUUGUUGUAUUGACUUGCAUUAGUUUUCUUGUUUCACUUACAAAAUUAUUUUCUGGAGGAUAUGAAUCAGAUAGUGUAUUUGAAUAUAAAACUUGUCAGAAAGUUGCAACACCUUGGGGAAGUACAAUGUAUAUUUAUAUUGCAUUUUCAAGUUGGUUACCAUCAGUAUUUAUUUUUAUUGGUAAUGUCUUACUUAUUAUUCAUAUGAAAAAAUCUGAAUUGAUACGUACACAAAUGACUUGUACUCAUAGAAAUAAUACAUUUUCAUCAAGUCGAACUAGUAGAACAUUACUAGCAGUUUCAAUUGUUUAUUUAAUUCUACUUUUGCCAAUUGGUUUUAUCGAAACUUUGGAACUCUAUUGGGAUGUUGUACUAACUAAAUCACCAUCGACAAAUCCAACAGAAAAUGAUUUGUAUAUUAAAUGGUUGCAAGAAAAAAUGCUGCUAAAAUGGUGUAGAGGAUUGUGUUUUCACAUCUAUCAUUGGAACUUUGCCAUCAAUUUUUUUCUAUACUAUUUAACCGGUAAAAAAUUUCGAGAUCGUGUUAUAGACAUUAUGUCUAUAACACGGUUUCGAAAUUUUUGA